AAUAGGCUUAAGGAACAGACAGGUCCGACCACAUUUAUUCCGCGGCGGAUAAGCACUGAAAUAUCAAUAUCUCGAACAUCGUCGUCCGAUCUGAGUUUCACAGACAUGGACACGAAGCAGCACGCCCCACCCACCUAUCCAGCCCAGCAACCAGGCACGUACCCCGCCCAGCAACCAGGCACUUACCCCGCCCAGCAACCAGGCACUUACCCCGCCCAGCAACCAGACACUAACCCCGCCCAGCAAGCAGGCACUAACCCCGCACAGCAACCAGGCACUUACCCCGCACAGCAACCAGGCACUUACCCCGCACAGCAACCAGGCACUUACCCCGCCCAGCAACCAGGCACUUACCCCACCCAGCAACAGACUGGCUAUCCAGCGAAGCCGCCGACUGCGCCUGGACAACCUGGAGCUUACGCACAUCAGGCUCCACAAGCCGCCUACGCCCAGCAGCCACCGGGAACUUUCGCGUUACAGGUUCCGGGGCAACCUCCAGCGCCGCCUGGAACUGUUCAUUAUGUUUCCCAGCCGGGUACUGUGGUGAUGGUUGUGGACCAUCCGACCCGCACUGGUGACCCAGUCAGGAUGACCUGUCCGACUUGUCAUCACAACAUACAGACAACUGUCGAUCAUGAGGAGGGGCUCUUCUCUUAUGUCAUGUUCUGUCUUCUUUGUGCCCUUGGUUGCUGGCUUUGCUCCUGCAUUCCUCUGUUCAUGAAAGACUGUCAGGACGCCAAACACACCUGUCCUAACUGUAAGACACACCUGGGCACAUACAAAAGGAUGGAGUAGAUAUCAAAAUGAUGAGACAGCAUAUUUUUCAUUUCAGUCCAGUGCUUUGUGACAAAAUCUGAGUAAUGUUUUACCAAUGUUGAUUAUUCCAAAGUGAUUAAGUCCAAAAAAGGACUAUAUAUAACGUUACAUGGUCAGAAGGGAACCAGUCAUUUUGUAUAGAAUUGCAUACUUUGCACUAAAUGUCAAAAGGUUUAAUGUAUUCCUUAUAAGAAAUAGUUAUCAGAAGCUUUGUUUAAAGACAGAUGGGCAUUGUUUGGUGUAUACAGUAUUGGUAAUUGAAUCGAUCACGCUACGUAUUAGUUCCUGGUGACGAAUAGUCAUCUCAAGCUUUAUAAUGUAGUGAAAUUCUUGUAAUAAUUUCAUCUUAUCAGAUCAGAUUUUUUUUCUUACGUGCUACCUAAAUCUCAAAAUCUCUAUGAAGGAAAGCUGAUAACGUCUUGACCGUACAGUAAGGACCUCUAGCGAGAUAUACUAGUAGUACAAAGUAUACAUGCCUUACCCUUGCAAAUUUCCUGUUUAUUUUUUGAGAGAUAACAUUUCGCUAUGCAUGUACAGAGUUCGCUUGAGAGGUCGAUUGGAUGGUGAAUUUGCUGACAAUAUGUAGCUUUAGAUGCACGCACAGUGCUAUAGUGAUAAAAUGUUUUUUAUUAACUUCUAGUUAUAUGAUAUAUUUAACUG